AUGUCAUCCGAUCUGGGAAAGCAUGCCAUGGCUCGCACUCGCAGUGUGAACUUGGGAACUAGCUUGCUGUUCCUGAAUCCUUCGCCUAUCGCCGAACCAACGCCGAGAACCUCUCGGGACUCUAGAAGAUCAACAAGUCUCCCCUUAAACCAUUCUCCGGCAAUCCAGGAUGAUCAGGGAUCGCUUCGACGAGUCUCUACUCAACGAUCGGCUGUACGCCGCCAUCGCAGUAUGCUCGACGUUGAUGCUCAUGAUCGGUUGACAGUACAUGUCAUUUUACCAAUGUCCUUUGAUGAGCAACUCGUCGAUAACCAAUGCGAUGAUAAGGCUGCAGAUUCAGGCGGACAGGCCAGUGAAACCAGCGAUAAUGGACAACAGCCACCCAGGACUUCUCCAGGCAGCGAGUCCCCGGCGUUGGCCCCUUCUGCCUCGCCUACCAACGUUCCUUCUCAGCCACCCCCCGCCGCUGACAACAGGAACAUUGUCCGAAGAAAGCUUACUGGCUACGUCGGCUUCGCCAACCUGCCCAACCAAUGGCACCGAAAGAGUGUUCGCAAAGGCUUCAACUUCAAUGUUAUGGUUGUUGGUGAAUCUGGCCUGGGCAAGUCUACACUGGUCAACACUCUCUUCAACACUUCUCUCUACCCCCCCAAGGAGCGCAAGGGCCCUAGCCUCGACAUUAUUCCCAAGACCGUUACCAUUCAGUCCAUCAGCGCCGACAUUGAGGAGGCUGGUGUUCGUCUUCGCCUCACUGUCGUCGACACCCCCGGCUUCGGUGACUUCGUCAACAACGACGAGUCAUGGCGACCUAUUGUCGACAACAUUGAGCAGCGAUUCGACUCUUACUUGGAUGCUGAGAACAAGGUCAACCGCAUGAACAUUGUUGACAACCGUAUCCAUGCUUGUGUUUUCUUUAUCCAGCCUACCGGCCACUCCCUCAAGCCUCUUGACAUCGAGGUGAUGCGCCGACUUCACACCAAGGUCAACCUGAUCCCUGUUAUCGCCAAGGCCGAUACCCUCACCGAUGAGGAGAUUGCUGCUUUCAAGUCUCGAAUUCUUGCCGAUAUCAAGCACCACGGUAUCCAGAUCUUUGAGGGUCCCCGUUACGAGCUCGACGACGAGGAGACGAUCGCUGAGAACAACGAGAUCAUGUCCAAGGUUCCUUUCGCCGUCGUUGGUGCCAACAACGAGAUCACCAGUGCCGAUGGCCGCAAGAUCCGUGGCCGUGCUUACCCCUGGGGAAUCAUCGAGGUCGACAACGAGGAGCACUGCGACUUCGUUAAGCUUCGACAAAUGCUCAUCCGAACACACAUGGAGGAGCUCAAGGAGCACACCAACAACCAGCUUUACGAGAACUACCGUACCGACAAGCUGCUUGCUAUGGGUGUGUCUCAAGACCCCAGCGUGUUCAAGGAGGUCAACCCCGCUGUCAAGCAGGAGGAGGAGCGCGCCCUACACGAGCAGAAGCUUGCCAAGAUGGAGGCCGAGAUGAAGAUGGUCUUCCAGCAAAAGGUGGCAGAGAAGGAGAGCAAGUUGAAGCAGUCCGAAGAGGAACUAUAUGCCCGACACAAGGAGAUGAAGGAGCAGCUCGACCGCCAACGACUGGAGCUCGAAGACAAGAAGCAACGCGUCGAGAGCGGACGACCACUAGAGAAGGAGGGCAAGCGAAAGGGAUUCUCUCUUCGCUAAGCCCCCAACUUCUUGACGACCUGCGCAUUCCUUUCAUCUUUCUUUAUCCAUGUCUGAGUACCCAUGAUGCCCAUACAAUACCAGCUCGACGCCUCUCGUUGCAUUCGAUUCUAGUUUCUUUGUCGCCUCUUUCUCUCACC